AUGAAAAGAAACCAUUAAGGUCUUUUGGCUUGGACUUAUAAUCUUUUGCGAGUUAGACAUAUUAUUGAAACUCGAAGUCUGAUCGACAUCUUGCCAGCUGUUAAAGUGAUUUUUCUGCACAGCCACCGAGUCUAGACUCUAAAUUUCGCCUGUUAUUUCAAAAGGCCCGUCAUUCGUCGGGUUUAGUUUGGACGGUGUAAAUGCUUACUUCGUCUUUCGCAACUACACGUGUACUGCGGAAUACCGAAAAAUGGCCGUAGCGCAAGUGGCGACGGCCUCUGCCGAUUUUGAAAACAAAUCAACAACAUCUUCCGAUGCUGAUUCUGUGCCGACGAGAGAGAAAUGGUCAAGAAGGUUCGACUUCAUAAUGUCCGGCAUAGGCUAUGCUGUUGGAGUGGGCAAUAUUUGGAGAUUCCCGUACCUGUGUAUGCGGAAUGGUGGAGGAGCGUUUCUGAUCCCUUACUUCUUCUUCUUGUUUACGUGUGCUAUACCCCUGUACUUUAUGGAACUCGCCAUCGGUCAGUAUUCGGCCAGUAGCCCCAUGACCGCCUGGAGGAUAUGUCCGCUUUUCAAAGGUCUGGGCUACGCUAUGAUCCUAGUGUCUGGAAUCUUGUGUAUCUAUUACAAUGUCAUCCUGACCUGGGUACUAUUUUACCUUGCCAUGUCCUUCGGAACAGAGGUGCCUUGGGGUGGUUGUGGGAACUGGUGGAACACGGAAUGCUGCCUGGCAGCGGGGGAGAGCCGCAACGCAACCCUUCUGGGCCCCUCUGGGACUAACUCAACCGGCAACAUGUUGAACUAUUUGCCAUUUUCGCAAAGCAAUACCUCGUCCGGCCAAGGUUUGGUUAUGGUCACGAAUGUUACUGUAGAUCUUGCCAGUAAUAUAUCUUACAUAGAAGACAGCAUUUUCUGUAACAAGUCCACAAGCCCUACAGAGGAAUAUUGGCAGUCGGCCGUGCUGGGGAUGUCCAGUGGUAUUGAUAAUCUAGGCACUGUGAAAUGGGAACUACUGAUCUGCCUUAUUUUGGCCUGGGCUCUCACCUUCGUUUGUUUAUGCAAAGGAGUGAAAUCGUCAGGACUGAUCGUGUACGUCACCGCCACCACGCCGUACAUUUUCCUCACCAUUCUCCUAAUACGCGGAGCGACGCUCGAGGGAUCUCUAGAAGGCGUGAAAUAUUACCUCACGCCGGAUUUCUCAAAACUUGCCGAAUUUAGAGUGUGGUGCGAAGCGUGUCUCCAGGUAUUCUACUCACUAGGGCCUGCCUGGGGAGGACUGAUCACUAUGGCCAGCUAUAACGAGUUCAACAAUAAUAUCAUGAGAGAUUCGCUGUUAAUCCCAAUGAUAAACUGUGGUACGAGUUUUUAUGGAGGUUUCGUUAUCUUCUCCGUCAUGGGUUAUAUGGCGAAAGUGGCCGGUUUGAGAGUCGACGAAGUGGUCAAACAAGGUCCUGGGCUUGCAUUUGUUGUGUAUCCUGAAGCCAUUGCUCAACUGCCCAUAUCUCCACUGUGGGCUAUACUAUUCUUCUUGAUGUUGCUCACAUUGGGACUGGACAGCCAAUUUGUCACCUUGGAAACGCUCACCAGUAGCUUCAUAGACGAAUUCCCCAGGAUUCUACGAAAGCGACGCACUCUGUUCACCCUCGCUGUCUGUGUAGUGGAAUUUCUUCUGGGACUUGCAUGUAUAACGAAUGGUGGUAUAUACGUGUUCCAAUUCAUGGACUGGUAUUGUGCGGCAGUGGCGGUGGUGAUCAUAGCGCUACUGGAGUGCCUUAUAGUAGCUUAUGUUUAUGGUGCUGACCGUUUGAGUGAUGACGUUGCAUCCAUGGUGGGACGAAAACCGUUUAUACUGUGGCGGAUAUGCUGGCGGUUCGUUACACCCGGACUGCUAAUGAUGAUUUUAGGAUUCAGCCUGUUCAGCUACAAGCCCCCUUCAUACGGUGACUACCGGUUCCCUGACUGGAUAGAGCCCCUAGGUUGGUUUAUUGCCACCAUCCCCCUAAUACCCAUACCUGUGGUGAUGGUGUGGAGGAUCGCAUUCGCAGCUCAGGGAAAUAUCUGGCAGCGUAUCAGAUUUCUGCUAAAACCAUCAGCGGAUUGGGGACCAUCGCCCUCAGAGAAACCGGCGUCAAGAAAGAUAGAAACCAAUGGUGUGACAGUGGCCUAUGACUUGGCAAACGGUGACACCCCAAAAGAUAUGCAAGAAGAAAACCAUCAAGUGUAA